AUAAACAUAUUCCCCUCUCUUAUACUAACCUCAUUACUUAUACUAACACUACCAAUUAUUACAAUUACCAUCAACACCCACAAAAACAAUACAUACCCUCGCUACGUAAAAAACAUCAUCUCAUAUGCCUUCAUCACUAGCCUCAUUCCCACAAUAAUAUUUAUCCACUCAGGCCAAGAAAUAAUUAUCUCAAACUGACACUGAAUAACAAUUCAAACCCUAAAAUUAUCACUCAGCUUCAAACUAGACUACUUCUCAAUAAUCUUUGUACCAGUAGCACUUUUCGUCACAUGAUCUAUCAUAGAGUUCUCAAUAUGAUAUAUACACUCAGAUCCCCACAUCACCCAAUUCUUCAAGUACCUUCUCAUAUUUCUUAUUACUAUAAUAAUUCUAGUAACAGCCAAUAACCUCUUCCAACUGUUCAUCGGAUGAGAAGGCGUAGGAAUCAUAUCAUUCUUACUAAUCAGCUGAUGAUAUGGUCGAACAGACGCAAAUACAGCCGCCCUGCAAGCCAUCCUAUACAAUCGUAUCGGCGAUAUCGGUCUCAUCAUAUCAAUAGCAUGAUUCUUGCUCAAUAUAAACUCAUGGGACCUUCAACAAAUUUUUACACUCAACCACAGCCACACAAACCUUCCACUAAUAGGCCUCCUCCUAGCCGCAACCGGAAAAUCCGCCCAAUUCGGCCUACAUCCCUGACUUCCCUCUGCCAUAGAGGGACCAACACCAGUUUCAGCCCUACUCCAUUCAAGCACAAUAGUCGUCGCAGGUGUAUUCCUACUAAUUCGCUUCCACCCACUAAUAGAAAACAACAAAACAAUCCAAACACUCACACUAUGCUUAGGGGCUAUCACCACCCUAUUCACAGCAAUCUGCGCCCUCACCCAAAACGAUAUCAAAAAAAUCAUCGCCUUCUCCACCUCAAGCCAACUAGGCCUAAUAAUCGUAACUAUCGGUAUUAACCAACCAUACCUAGCUUUCCUCCACAUCUGCACACACGCAUUCUUUAAAGCCAUACUAUUUAUGUGUUCCGGAUCUAUUAUUCACAACCUAAAUAACGAACAAGACAUUCGAAAAAUAGGUGGUCUAUUCAAAGUAAUACCCUUCACUUCAACCUCCCUUAUUAUCGGAAGCCUUGCACUCACAGGUAUACCAUUCCUCACAGGCUUCUACUCCAAAGACCUAAUCAUCGAAACCGCUAACAUAUCAUACACCAACGCCUGAGCCCUACUAAUUACACUUAUUGCCACAUCCCUAACAGCUGCCUACAGCACCCGAAUAAUUUUCUUCACACUUCUAGGACAACCCCGUUUCCCAACCCUUGUCACAAUCAACGAAAACAACCCCCUCCUAAUAAACUCCAUCAAACGCCUCCUAAUCGGCAGCAUCUUCGCCGGGUUCCUCAUCUCUAACAGCAUCUACCCAACAACCAUUCCAAAAAUAACCAUGCCCUACUACCUCAAACUCACAGCCCUCACCGUAACCAUCCUAGGCUUCGCACUAGCACUUGAACUCAGCCUUGCAACAUAUAACCUAAAACCUAAACACCCCUCAAGCCUACUAAAAUUCUCCAGCCUUCUCGGAUACUUCCCAACCAUUCUCCACCGACUACCACCAUUCAUAGGCCUAUCAACAAGCCAAAAAUCAGCAUCACUAUUACUAGACCUAACUUGACUAGAAAGCAUCCUACCAAAAUCGAUCUCCCAAUUCCAAGUAAAAACCUCAACACUAGUAUCAAACCAAAAAGGCCUAAUCAAACUAUAUUUCCUCUCAUUCCUCAUCACCCUAACCCUAAGCUUACUCUUACUUAUGCCCCACGAGUAA